AUGCCGGACCCGCUCGUCAAGUUGUCGUCCACCAGGCCAACUGUCUUGCGGCUGAUACUGUUGGCUACUUUAGUCAACGCGAUAUUGAUAGUAGUGUGGAUGAUGUCUAGUCAACAGUACUUCUUAUCUACGCCCGUACAAGUAGAGGCAGAAAGUCGUGCGGCAUUAGCCCAGAACCUCUCACUUAAAGUUUUGGAGACAGAGGCCCCUAUAGUGACCGUCAAGAACCCUCCAAUCAAUAUGUUCAAGACAGAGGCCUCGGCAGUAACCGUCAAGGACCUUUCACUCGAAGUAUUGAAGACAGAGGCCCGUGCAGCAACUGUCAAGAACGGUUCGCGUGAAGCAUUGGAGACACGCCAAUUCAAGUGUAUCGGAUGGAGAGCCACGCACGGCUGCAGUGCAGACGGAGCUCGUGAUGUGGCGAAUGACAAAGUGUGCGACGAACGGGUCGAACACACUGCGUCUGGCUACUGUGAGAUUGAAGACGUCAAGACCGGUGAACGGCUCCGUGCUAUGCGACGUGGGUGUGCCACAGUCCGGAAAAGGGCCAACUUCUUUUGCUCUCUUGCACCGGAUUUCGCGAAUUUCCCCGCAAAGAUUGGCCAAGUGGUGGAAAAAGUCAGUGCACCUGGCUUUAGUCUGCCGAACAGCAAUCAAACCGAGGCAGUACGGGCAGGUAUUGUCAUGGUUGUGUACCCGAGACUCCUAGCAGGCGCAUAUGCUUCGAUUCGCACACUGAGAGAGGUGUCGCGUUGUCAAUUACCGAUCGAAAUCUGGUUUCGACCGGAUGAGAUGCAGACUGUGCCUGCUGGGCUCAAGCAAUUAAAAGAGGCUGCAAAGGUGGAUACAAUGGAUGGGGUCACAUUUCGAGCGAUUGAUGAUUUGCGUGCGGUUCGUUUCGCUGCAAAGGUGCAUGCGAUCUACAAUAGUGCUUUCGAUCACGUGUUGUUCCUGGAUGCGGAUAACGUUCCAGUGCGUGACCCGGCGUUCUUAUUCGAGUCUGAAGAGUUUGUGAGAACUGGAGCUGUAUUUUGGCCGGACUAUUGGCACCCGCAUCACACUAUUUUUCACCUCGUUGAAGACUCAUUGUUGUGGCAAAUGCUGGACAUGCAGUACGUUGACAUGUUCGAGCAGGAAAGUGGCCAGCUGUUGAUUGAUCGAAGACGCCAUGCUGCCGCCAUGGAGCUCGCACACUUCUACGCUUCUCAUACUCCUGACCUAUUUGAGCGUCUCGAUCUGGUGUGGGGGGACAAAGACCUCUUUCGGUUUGCUUGGAUCAAGCUAAAUGCGUCGUUUUCUAUGGUUCAGACCCCACCUGCAGUCGCUGGCAAGCUUGUGAAUGAGUCAUUUUGUAGUAUGACGAUGGCUCAACACGAUUUUGGUGGAAACGUGCUUUUCCUUCACCGCAAUGCCAACAAACUGACUGGGCGGCCACAACGUAACAACGUGAAUCACGUGUUUGGUCCUCUAGAACCCGACAACCUACCGGAUCCAGUCAUUUGGACGCAUCUGUGUUCAUUUCGAAACUCGUCGCGUCGGAAUGAUUACAGAAUUGAGUCAUACAGAGCACCUCCAGAAUUUCCUGAGUGGCAACGGUGUUAUGGCAAGCGCCACCUUCAUGACAACGAACUGUUUUCCACACAGAAAUUCGCAGACCUGAGCUUUUCUGGACUUGAGACGCACCUCAGGCGUUUCGCUAUGGAAGGCGUCCAACAGCUGGCGAAAUUUCAGGCUGCAAUGAAGAACGGAACACACUGGGGUGUGUGA